GCGCUGCCUCCACCUCUCGUCCAUCGCAGGACAGCAGGACGUUUUUAAAAAAUCAACACGGUGGCCCCUUUAAACGCCGCUAACCGAGCAGACGGCUCCGAGAAUCCAUUUUAAGCCUCUCCGUUUAAAAUAAUGGCCCAACUGCGGGCCCGUUUGCAGCCUGACAACAUCCUCCGUCGUCCGCUAAUCGGAUAGCGCGACGGACUUUGAGUGACUGCGGGCAGCGCCGAGCUAACGUUACGCAGCUGUCUGUAACCGAAGCUAACCGGCUACCUACCGUUAGCUGAAGCCUCAACACAUGAUACGGACGCACAGUGUCCAGGGUAAGACCUCCACACACACGGCCACCGGACCCCCCGAAUAAACCCGCUGAAAUGGACAAAGAAGAAGCAGACCGGCUGAUAGAGAAGGCGAAGCUGUGUUUACGGUCCGGACGGAAAGAUCGGGCGUUGCAGCUGCUAUAUGAGGCGCAGAACAUUUACCCCAGCACCCGGGCCAGAGUGCUGAUAGAUGCCAUACUAAGGAAUGGAGGGAGUGCUGCUCCAGAGACAAACCACGUUCCCCCGCCAUCGGGAUGGAGAGACGAGGACAUAGGUCGCAACGAAACAAGCAACGCAAGCGGCGAUGAGAAGAAGAGCUACACCGAGGAUCAGCGCCAGGGUGUUCUCAGGAUAAAGAAUUGCAAGGACUUCUAUGAAAUCCUUGGUGUUAACAAAAAUGCCAGCGAUGAAGAUUUGAAGAAGGCGUACAGGAAGUUGGCCCUGAAGUUUCACCCUGACAAGAACUUCGCUCCAGGAGCCACAGAUGCUUUCAAAGCAAUAGGCAACGCAUAUGCAGUGCUGAGCAAUCCAGACAAGAGGCAGCAGUAUGAUCAGUAUGGAGAUCAGUCUACAACUUCGAAUGCACCCCAGCACUCCACCCACAGCCGCCAUGCACACUACCGAAGCUUCCACAGAGACUUUGAGGCUGACAUUUCCCCCGAGGAACUCUUCAACAUUUUCUUUGGGGGAAGGUUUCCCACAGGAAAUAUCCAUGUGUACACCAACCAGGGAGCCUCCUACUCUCAGUUCUAUCAGCCUCGUCGUCGACGCGCUUAUGAAAGGCGCGAGGAGGUGGUGGUGGAGGACAACCAGAGUCAGAACACCUUCACAGCGCUUCUGCAGCUUCUUCCCGUGUUGGUGCUAAUCCUCAUAUCAGUGUUUACACAGAUGAUGGCCACUAACCCGCCCUACAGUCUCUUCUAUAAGCCGGCCAUGGGGCUGGUGGUAUCCAGGGAAACGCAGCACAUGGGCGUACCGUACUACGUAGAUAAAAGUUUCGAGAAGGAAUACCGCGGAGCUGCGCUGGACGAACUGGAGAAAACUAUCGAGAGCGACUACAUCGAACACCUGCAGAGCAGCUGCUGGAAAGAGAAACAGCAAAAGUCGGACUUGGCAAACCUCGGACAACUUUACCGGGACGAACGCUUAAAGCAGAAGGCAGAGUCGAUGAGGCUGGACAACUGUGAGAAACUGCAUCGAUUGGUUGGGCGUCAGAGGGGCAAAUGAGGACACGGAGGAGAACACGUUUCUUUACAGACUUUACAAUAAUGCAUUUUAGUGAAGUGUGUAAUUUAUCCAAUCCGGCCACUUUGUAAAGAAAUCUCUUUAGGUACAGCGCAGUCAGUGGGAGAUUAUGCCACUGGAAACAAUGUGCCUUCUCUCCUCUUCGAUGGUAGAAAACAAGAGUUGCAUGUCGGCUGCCGACCCCGGCUGUGGCGGCAGCAGCAUCAAGUGCAAACUCACUGUGGCAGUGCGUAUGAUGUCUUUGAGCCUUUAAACUUUCUUAUAGAAAUGGCAUGACAUAUGGGGUCUCCCUUCGGGGUCAUGAAGGCAGUUGUAUGUUCACACAUACAUGUUUUAUCUGUUUAGGUUUUGUAGUUAACCUCUAUUGAUUUUUUUUGGGAUGUUUUUGGUGUCCUUGCUGAAGUUCUAGGUGUAUUUAUUUAGUAGUUAAUAGAGUGAAUGUGGCGUGAGCAUCUCGGCUCAGUAUUUUCCGCUGGAAAUGUUGAGUUCAGUGACUUAAAAAUAACACUGUAGUCUUUGGACAAAUCUGAGAGUGUGUGUACUGUGAAACGAUGAAGGACCUUUAUUUGUGAUUAAAACAGAUGAAUCAGACAAUUUGACCUCCAGCACUAUCACAAUAGGAGGCACUGUAGAGUAAAAAAUUUACUAAACAUGACCACUAUUUCCUGAAUAAUAUGCUUAUCUUAAAAGGUUGUACUUGCCAAAAAAAAAAGGAAAAAAAACGAGCUGAAUCCCACCGUAGAGCUUCCAGCUCCCUGCACUUCUGCUUGCAUAGGUAUUUAUUGCUUUUGUCAUUUAGCUUCAGGAGCUGCAGGUUUAAGUGACUGUUGUUCUUUAAAGAAAAAAAAAAGAAGAUGUCAGAAAAAGGUCAUUUUGAUUUGUCACAAGGAGCUCAGUGUUUACCUACAAAGCCUCACAGGAGCUCAGCUGUGAGCAGUAUGUGUACACAUAUGGGGGCUUCAAUGGCAUGCAAUACUUUCUUUUCAUAAAUCAGCCUCAUUUUGUCUUCAAAGAAAUUGUUUUCAGCCCAACUUUCUAAAUGUUUUUUUUUUUAAACCCUGCACCCGUUAUUUAUACAGAUCUUUUGUAAAGAAAACACGUUUUAAUUUGAAAAUCUAAAAUUUUUGUGGGCAUAAACCUCCUUUUUCUCCUCGGAAUCAGAAUUGUGAUUUUGUCAUGUUCUCGUCAGGUUUGGUCAUCAUGAAUAGGAACUUUGUGGAAUUUUUUUUUUAUACCAACCCCAAAUCAUGAACCCCCCCUCCUCUACAGACAUUAAUACAUGUUGCUGUGCACUAAGACUGCCAAACUGCCUUAGCUGUUCUCAUACGUAUAAAUAUUCAGGUUCAUUUCAAGCACUUUUAAGUUAACAUUGACUCCUGUGUUCCAUAUUGUUGCUGUUGCAUGCACCCUAGUGAGAGAGUGUUUUAUUAGUUACUUAUUUUCGGGGCGUCUUCAUGACUACUGACACUAAAAAUGUUAAUUGAUGAGAAAUAUUCAGGUCCACACUGUAAGUCACAAAACAUGUAAAUCCUUUACUGUGAUACACACAAGUCAGGUUUUGGUAUCAAUCGGUGUGGAAGUACACUUGAGUAACACUGCAGAAUUAAGCUUUCAGCCAAAAAUACCAGAAAAUUAAAGAUGUAACCAGAAUAUGUA